CAGAGGGAUCAAAUACUGAUUUCUCCAUGGCAUCCUCCGAGGAGAAAAAAAAGCCACUCACCCAUGCUGCCUUACGUGAGAAAUUACUGAAAGAAGAAGAGAUGCUGGCAAAAUUUAAAGAGUUUUCUAAAUUUCUUCAAAGCUGGGAACGUGGCCGAGUCAUGUGCCUGCAGCUGAAAUCACAGGAAGACAGGUGUUUUGCAAGAAGCAGGAAGAGGCACCAAGCAGAAAUGAAAGAAGAAAUGCACUAUGCUAAUAAACAGCUGUUGAUGCUUCGACAGGCAGCUUUAAAGCAUCUCUUAAGUACUGAACACCUGCAAUACCAGCUGGAAUUUAACCAUUUGGGAAUGUCAUUCUAUGCUGAAAGGCUCUGAGAAUCUCAAACAUAUGUAACAGUUUGGGCUGUUUGGAUGUUAAAAUUGCACAUUUGCCUUUGACUGAAUUACAUAGAGCAAUGGAAAAUCAAUGAAAUGCAGACUAAAACAAAAUAAGUUGCAAAAUGGGGCGUAUUCCAAGAAAUUAAGCAGUAGAGGAAGAGAGUGAAGUGGAAGAAAAUUUAAAAAUAUGUUUAAUUUCCGCAAUGAAAUAAAUGAAUUACAGAAAUAUUUAAAAUUAGCUGAAUUUUCUCUUGGUUAAUAUUGGGGGGGAAAAGUCAGCAUCUAUACAUAAAUGUAUGGAACAUGUACAAAAGCUCAUGAACAAGCUAAAUAUAUAU